GCUCGUGGUGUGGCAGCAGGUCUAGGUGAGGGAAUUUCUCCACACUGCUUAGUGGCGUGUGCGUGUAUGAGGAGGAGGCGCAUAGUAACGAGAGUGGGCGGGCCGAGAGGCUGCAAGGCUCCGCCUCCCUUUCCCAUCUGGGUGCCGCUAGCUUCGGACGGGAGGAGAGCAAGGGAAGUGGGGCAGUCAUUUAUGCAGAGAAGGGAAGAGAGCGAGCUGCCUUUUCCCACUCACACUCCAACGUUAAUACAGUGAGAAGGGACGGCACAGAGUGUCCGGACGGAGCGGGGGAGGACUCUCACCCUGCCAUUGGCACCCAGGACUGUGGAGUUGGAGCAAAAGACAAGCCCGUUAGCACUGGAGACUGGAGUCAAAGUGCAAAGCGAGAGACUAGUACAAGUAUCUUCUACCUCUUCCACCUUCAGCUCCCGGAAACUUUACUCAGCAGCUUUGCCCUGCCAACCUUACAAUUCGCCCUCACCUGUCCGAGUUUGCCCUCCCCCUUCCUGGAAUAACAGCGGACCUUGUUUGUAAGGGACAGAGCGGGGGCGCAACAUUGCAAGUAUGUGUCUCUCUGGGACAUGUCCGCUCCUCGCCGUGACUGUGCUGCUGCUGCUGCUGGGAAUCCUGAUACCACCGUGCCGGCCUCGCAUGUUCACUAACCACUGGGCUGUGAGGAUAGCAGGGGGGGAAACCGAAGCCAACAGGAUAGCGAGCAAGUACGGAUACAUCAACAUGGGACAGAUUGGAGCACUCGAAGAUUACUACCACUUUUUUCACAGUAAAACCUUCAAGAGGUCCAUUCUUGCCAGCCGAGGUAUACACAGCUUCAUUUCUAUGGAACCAAAGGUGGAGUGGCUACAACAGCAGGUGGUCAAAAGGAGGAUAAAGAGGGAUUAUAAACCUACUAACACUCAAGCAACGUUUUUCAAUGAUCCCAAGUGGCCAAGCAUGUGGUAUAUGCAUUGCAGCGAAAAUGUUCAUCACUGCCAGUCAGACAUGAAUAUAGUAGGAGCCUGGAAGAGGGGAUACACUGGCAAAAAUGUUGUAGUUACUAUUCUGGAUGAUGGAAUUGAAAGAAACCACCCUGACCUGACCCAGAAUUAUGAUGCUCAGGCCAGCACGGACAUCAAUGGCAAUGACUUUGAUCCUAUGCCUCGAUAUGAUGCAAGCAAUGAAAACAAGCACGGGACUCGUUGUGCUGGAGAAGUGGCAGCUACUGCAAACAACUCACACUGUACUGUAGGAAUUGCUUUUAAUGCCAGAAUAGGAGGAGUGCGCAUGCUGGACGGAGAUGUAACUGACAUGGUGGAAGCAAAAUCUCUCAGCUUGAACCCACAACAUGUCCACAUCUAUAGUGCAAGCUGGGGCCCAGAUGAUGAUGGGAAAACAGUUGAUGGACCUGCGUCAUUGGCCCGGGAGGCUUUUGAAAACGGCAUCAGAACAGGAAGAAGAGGAUUUGGUUCUGUUUAUGUAUGGGCAUCAGGAAAUGGUGGUAGGAGCCGAGACCACUGUUCUUGUGAUGGUUACACAAACAGCAUAUACACAAUCUCUAUCAGCAGCACAACAGAAAGUGGCAAGAAGCCAUGGUAUCUGGAAGAAUGUGCAUCAACCCUUGCAACUACAUACAGCAGUGGGGAAUCUUAUGACAGGAAAGUGAUCACAACAGAUCUCCGACAACGAUGCACAGACAGCCAUACAGGAACAUCUGCAUCAGCUCCAAUGGCUGCAGGAAUCAUAGCUCUUGCACUAGAAGCAAAUCCAUUUUUAACGUGGAGAGAUGUACAGCACAUUAUUGUUAGGACCUCUCGCCAGCGACACCUGAAUGCACCAGACUGGAAGACAAAUGCUGCAGGAUACAAGGUGAGCCAUCUGUAUGGAUUUGGUUUGAUGGAUGCAGAAGCCAUGGUGAUAGAAGCAGAGAAAUGGACAACGGUCCCUACACAACACAUAUGCGUGGAGAACACAGACAGACAGAUCAAGACCAUACGGCCAGAUAAUGUUGUCCGUUCAGUAUAUAAAGCAACUGGCUGUGCUGAUAACACAAAUCACCAUGUGGUUUAUUUGGAGCAUGUAGUUGUACGUGUCAGUAUUACGCACCCACGGCGAGGGGACCUUGCAAUUUACCUGACAUCUCCAUCAGGCACAAGAUCACAGUUGCUGUCUAACAGACUGUUUGACCAUUCUAUGGAAGGUUUUAAGAACUGGGAGUUUAUGACAACUCAUUGUUGGGGAGAAAGAGCCUCAGGAGACUGGACCCUGGAAAUAUAUGAUACGCCAUCCCAGCUGAGAAACUUUAAAACACCAGGAAAAUUAAAAGAAUGGUCUUUAGUUCUCUAUGGUACAUCGGUUCAUCCAUACUCCCCUAGAAAUGAUGUCCCCAAGGUGGAAAGAGUAAGAUCUAGUCCGAUAGAUGAGCCUUCUGAGGAUUACAGCAUGGAUGAUUAUACAGGCCCUUGUGAUGUUGAAUGCAGCAACAUAGGAUGUGAUGGGCCCGGGCCAGAUCACUGUAGUGACUGUCUCCACUUUUAUUACAAGGCUAAAAACAACACAAGGAUUUGUGUAUCAGACUGUCCCACUGGUCACUACCUUGCAGACAAAAAAAGAUGCAAAAAAUGUUUCCCACACUGUGACACAUGCGUGGGAAGUCGAACUGACCAAUGCACAGCAUGCAAACCUGGCUUCUACUUAAAUGAAGAAAGCAACAGCUGCAUAACAAACUGCCCAGAAGGCUUCUACUUGAAUGAAAAUAAGGCCCUUUGUCGAAAAUGCAAUGAAAACUGUAAGAGCUGCACUUCAGAACACACCUGCACUGAAUGCAAACCUGGCCUAAGUUUACAAGGGUCAAAAUGUGCUGUGAGUUGUGAAGAUGGAAAAUAUUACAGUGCCCUUAAAAAGGAGUGUGAUCCAUGUCACAGAUCGUGCGCCACAUGUUCAGGACCAGCAAUAGACAACUGCAUAAACUGCACAGAUGGAACAUUAUUUGAAGAUGGAAAAUGUGUGCAGAUGUGUAGUUCUGGAUAUUAUCUGACUCAAUCAAAAACAAAUGCUUACAAAACUUGCAAAAAGUGUGAUGCCAGCUGCCAAACAUGCUCCGGCCCAGGAGACAGAAAUUGCACAAGUUGCCAAGAUAACUAUGUUCUGGAAGGCAGUGUCUGUGUUGUGGGAACGGUCUGUAAAGAUGGGGAAUACAUUGAUGAAAAUGGAAGAUGUAAAUUCUGUGACGCCUCCUGCGCCAAAUGUAUUGGUCCUGGCAAAAAUAAUUGCAUAGGCUGCUCCCUAACAAGGAUUUUUGAUAACAAGCAAUGUGUUCUGAGAUGCCCAUCUGACAAAUAUGAGUUGAACAGACAAUGUCACCAGUGCCAUCAUACUUGUCAUGAAUGCAAUGGAAGUGAGCCAGAUACAUGUACCUCCUGUGGUAAAGAUAAAAAUGGAAUCAUGCGUUUCCUGUACAAUGGGGAAUGCAGAGAAGGUUGCCCUCAGGGUCAUUACGCUGCAGAGAGCACCUGCAUACAGUGUCCACUCAACUGUGACCUGUGUAACAGUCCCACUGAAUGCAUCAGAUGUUUGGAAGGCUUCUACUUGGACAAUGACGACUGCAAGAAACAAGAAUGUCCUGAAGGACAAACAGAAGAUCCCGACACUGGCAACUGUGUGUCAUGUACAACAGGAUGCAAUAAAUGCUACACAUAUGAUCCUUCAAGUUGUAUCACAUGCAUAAAAGGAUUUUAUAUGUAUGAAGAGUACUGCUAUGAUGCUUGUCCAGAAAAUACAUACAGAAAUGAUUCUUUAAUGAGCUGCAUUGACUGUGCAUUGACCUGCUUUAGCUGUACAGAAGACCAGUGUAUAGAGUGUGAAGAAGGGUUUUAUCUCCUUGACGGGGAGUGUGUGACUGACUGUGGAUCUGGAUUUUACUUGGAUGAUACCAACAAAGAGUGUGAUAGUUGCUACAGAACCUGUGACUCCUGCACAGGACCAGCCUAUGAUGAAUGCACUUCUUGCAAAACAACUUACACACUGCAGAAAGGAAGAUGUAUUCCUAAGACAAAAAUUCCAGAGGAAGACACUUUUAUGAAUCGUGAAGGAAAACCUGAGCCAUGCGAUAGAACAUGUAAAACCUGUAAUGGAUCUGCUUCUGCUUGCACAUCAUGUAAACCAGGUACAUAUCUCCAGGAUCAGAGUUGUAUUGAAGAAUGCCCUUAUGGACUGUUUAAAAAUGAAAAAGAUGGGAGGUGUGAGAAAUGUACAGUAGGCUGUGAGACUUGCACUGAAGCCAAUGUUUGUCUGAAGUGCUCAGAUGGUUACUUGCAUGAAGGGAAGUGCUACACGCAGUGUCCACGCGGCUUCUUUGGCAAUACUGGUGCUUGUGAGAAGUGCAGUCCAGACUGCGAGACUUGUAGGGACAAUGCAGAUUACUGUUUAUCAUGUCACUCCCCUAAACUGCUAGAACAAGCCAGAUGCACGAGUGCUUGCUCUGAACGAUACAUGCCUAUCGAAGGGGUGUGCAAACACUGCCCUCCGGGCUGUAAAACGUGUUUGUCUCUGGACCACUGUACAGAAUGUAUGCAUGGCUAUUUCCUUUUUGAUGACAAGUGCAUGGAACAUUGCCCUGAUGGAUAUUAUGAAGAGAAGGGAAACUGUAACCAGUGUGACCCAAUGUGUGCAAAAUGCAGUGGACCCGAUCCUGAUGACUGUGAAGAAUGUUCCAGCAAAAGCUUCUUCCUCUAUAAUGGUGAAUGCUUUGGCACAUGUCCAGAAGGAACUUACUAUGAACCCAGAACCAAAGACUGCCAAGACUGUGACACAUCCUGCAAGACUUGCUCCUCCUCUACCAUCUGUGAUAGUUGCAAAGAUAAUCUGGUAAAGAACAGAGAAGGUUUCUGUGUGACACACAAGGACUGCUCUCUCUAUCAGUACCAAGAUGAACACAAGAACUGUCAUCAAUGUCACAAGAAGUGUUCUCGAUGCAUGGGUGCUACUGAGCAUCACUGUCUAAGCUGCCCGAGCAAUCAAUUCCUUUUGAACUCCACCUGUGUUGCAAAAUGCCCUGAUGGAUAUUACUCAGAGGAGGAAGAACAUCGCUGUGCUCCGUGCCACAGCACAUGUCUGGCCUGCUUUGGAAAGCGUAGUACUCAUUGUCUCUCUUGCAAAAUUGGCUGGUAUUCUCUGGGUGGUGUCUGUGUGCAGCAUUGUAUUACAGGAUAUUAUGCAGAAAAUUCAACAAAUAAGUGUGAAAAAUGUCAUGUGAGCUGUGAAGAAUGUUCAGGUCCAGAAGCAUCCAAUUGCCUCUCCUGUCAUAAAAACUUCUUCCUAAUGCGUGCCAAACAGCAGUGUGUCAGCUCCUGCCCAGAGUCCUAUUACGCAGACCAGACAGUGAGAAGAUGUGAAAGAUGCCAUCCCACCUGCAAAACCUGCACAAGUUUUGGGGCUCUCGCCUGCACAUCCUGCGUUUGGAGCUACCGACUUUCAGGACAUAUUUGUAACUCAGAAUGUCUGACUGGAGAAUAUAAAAAGGAUCCUGACCAGCCAUGUGAAAAAUGUCAUGAUAAUUGUGUGGAGUGUAAGGGGCCGGGGCCCUUGAAUUGCACCGUGUGCCCAGCCAGUCAGGUGUUGUACGUAGAUGAAGGACGCUGUGUGCAUUGCUGCCAUGGAAAUCCAGUCAACCUUGCCGAGUGCUGUGACUGUUCUGCAACAUUGGAUGAAUGCAUUUUAGUGAAAGGACUCAUAACAGAACCUGAAGGAAAGCAGAAGACUGCUUUGUUUAUAACUACAUCAAUGUUACUACUCCUUAGCAUUGGAGCCAUCUUAUUCUACUGGAGGAGGUCCAAAGCCAAAGCUAAGUCAGUAAGCAAAGCUGGUUAUGAAAAGCUUCCAGAACAAACAAAAUCUUUCCAGUCCUUUAAAAGCAGAGAGAGUACUUCAAGCUUCCAAAGGGACCAGGUCAUUGAGUACCAUGAUCGUGAGGAGGAAGAAGGUGAAGAUGAUGAUGAUGACGAUGAUGACAUUGUAUAUAUGGGCCAAGAUGGAACAGUGUAUCGGAAAUUUAAAUAUGGACUUUUAGAAGAUGAGGAGGAAGAUGAUUUAGAAUAUGAUGAUGAAAGCUAUUCAUUUCGAUAAUUCAUUGCAAUAUUAUUUUGUCCAUUAAAAAAAGAACUGGAAAUAUUUGGGAGAAGUGGACAACCAAAGCAAAGCCUAUUUGCUAUUUCAAACUAAGGUCUCCUGAGUGGGAAACCACAAUAGUAGUUGGAUAGCUUAAAAACAGCAAACUCCAUUUGAUUUAGACAUAUUUCCUGUAAUGAACAUGUUAUAUUUUUGCACUAUUCUUAGCUAAGCUUUGCACUGACGUGAAACUUACUGGACUUGCAUCACAUACCCAAACACGGUUAUUUUCUUCUACCUCUUGACUUUGUUUUAGACCUGGGAACUAUAAACCAAGGCUAAGAAUAGUUUGCUCUAAGCACAUUGUUUUCAGACUUCCAUUCAGUUUAAUAUCUGAAUAGUUAGAAAAUCAAAUGCUAAAAUAGGCUAUUAAGAAACUAUGCUGGUGACAUUCAAGGAAAAACUGUUUAUUUUAUUUUUUUACCCCUUCAAAUAUUUAGUCCACGAAAGAAAAUAGCAAGUUUGUCACCUCCUCCCAAAAUGCGGGGCCUUGAGCCAGUGACUGGAGGGUCUUGGUGUACAUGGCAACAUUUUUUAUAUUUUUGUUUUUAAAUCAAGUACUGUGUAGUACAAUCAAUAAAACCCAGAUAUUGGCCUGUCCCAUUUCUACUGCAACUUUACCCACAGCCUACCCCCAAUGCCAAAACAAUGGCAAUAGCAUCAGGAAGCCAGGAAAAGCAGGAGUUGGAGGCGGCAAAAUGGAUUUGAUCUGGCCAGUAAUUCCAUCUCACUAACAGCAGUAAUAGCUGAAUGUACUGUAAUAUUUUAAUCCAAAAGGCAAGGUCUAAUGAAUUAAGAAAUGUGCAAUGCUGCAACAAUUAUUCAUGAAAAAUAGCAACCUUAAUUCCCCAAAUAGAGAAUUUUUUUUCUUUUCUUUUAUUAUGCAUACCCAUUAACCAUAAAGCUCAGAAUUUCAGAAAUAAUCUGAGUUUUUAAAAAUGAUUUCCCUUUUCUUUGUAAUCGCUUGUACUUGAUCCCAACUAAGAUAUAAUUAAUCCUUAUUGGAAGCAAAACCAGCCUAUUGGGUUUAUUAAGGGGGUUAUUUAUCAAAGGUAGAGUUUUAGACAUUUGUGAGGUUUUUUUUAUACCUCAAUUAAGUCACAACUUGAAUGUUUUCUAAAUUAGGAAAAAACUUGAAUGGAUAAAACUUGAAUCAGUGAAUUCAGGGUUAAAAACUCGAAAACUCGAAUCAAUCGAGAUUUCCACGGGGAAAAGCUCAAAUGAAUCGAGUUUUGGAGCGAAACCCACUGAAAAAAACCUCAAACAUCAUGAAGGCGAUUAACAUCUUCAAAUGGUUUAAGGGACCUCUGCCAUUGACUCUUACAUGACCUCGACAGGUUUUGGCUGGAGUAUUUUUGGAUUUGAGCUAGUUCUAGCUUAUGAUAAAGCUCUUUAAUGUUGGAUUUUCUUUAAAUAAAACCCUUUUUUGAGUUUUUUUUUUAACCCGAAAAAUUUCAGGUUACAUUUUUUUUUGACUGAAAACUACCCUCAAAAAAAGAAUUUUUCAGGAAAACAUGACUUGACCCAUGAAUGUUCACAUGAUUUUCUAGUAGACCUAAGGUAUGAAGAUCCAAAUUAUGGAAAGAUACGCUAUCCAUAAAACCACAGGUCCCAAACAUUGUGAGGUACCAUGCCUGUAUAUGGUUGGGGUAACAAAACCUAAUAUUCUAGUUUGGGGGGUCACUGUGUUGACUAGGGAUAGAAGAGUUGUCUUAAUAGAAAUAUCAGCUCUUCCAGUUAGAUUUUGGAAUUUUGACAUUUGGCUUAGCAAGUCACUUACUAGUUGAGAACAAUUAAAAAAACAUACAGCUAUUUUAUUUUACGCUACACAUACAGUCGGGUUCAUUUAUUAAAACUGGGCAAAUUUGCCCAUGGGCAGUAACCCAUGGCAACCAAUCAGAUUGCUGCAUUCAUUGUUCUACUUGCAGCUAGUUUCAAAAAGCUAAUCACUGAUUGGUUGCUAUAGGUAACUGCCCAUGGGCAAAUUUGCCCAGUGUUGAUAAAUGAUCCCCAGUGUGUUUACAAUAUUUUUUUAGAAUUUGACAGCACAUUUUUUCUCCCAAAUCUUUGGGGUCUUUGCUUGUGUAAAAUAUUGUGUUUUUUUUGGUAGUGGUAAUGUGUUCUGUGCUUUUCCGUACUCAAAAUACCAAGCUGCUAUGUACAACACUCUCACGUGUGCCACCGUACUGCAUUUUAUUUCAAGUAAAAAUGUUAAGUAGUCAGACUGUCACCUUACUGAUUAACAGUGCUGCCUAACAAGCAAAACUAAUUUAUUUUAAUCAUUUCAGUUUGUAUUUGAUUCACAGUAAUAGUAUCCAAUCAGCCUAAUUUCUUACAUUUUACAUUAUCUCUCAUGAUAUGAUUCCUAGUUUAUUUAUACAGAACCAACUGGAAAGAAACUGUUCAACAAAGUGAACAAAGAACAGCAUUUCUAAAUAAGAAACCUAUGAAGGCAAGGUCUAAAUGGUGCUUUGUUGACAAUAUUUUGUGUAUGUAUCUUUUAAACCAGAUAAUUAAACCUGAUAUCAUGUAUUAGAAUAAUUCUAAAUUAAAAAUAAAUGUUGCUUUACAUUA